UGUCUCUCCCCGCCCCCCUCUGUCCCCGGUCGGGAGCCCCGGGACGCAGUCCCAGUACGGCGGGCAGCCCCAGCCCCUGCCGAUGCCGUCCCGGGGACGCAGACGCCAGAGCGAGCCCCUCCGGCUAGGGCAGGGACCCGGGCCGGCCCAGCCAGGCCUGGCCAUUCCCUGGCUCUGAGCCCAGUGACCUCUUACUGAGCCUCUGGGAAGAAGUUAGGACGGCCUUGGUGAAGGAAGCCUCCAUAAAUCUUCCUCUUGGCUGCCAGACCAGAAGCUCUGACAGCCCCAUGGCCCUGGUGGGCCACUGAGCCCCACCAUGGGCAGCCUGUACUCAGAGUACCUAAGCCCCAGCAAGGUCCGGGAACACUACAAUUACACCAAGGAGACUCUGGACACUCAGGAGACGCCCUCCCGCCAGGUGGCCUUGGCCGUCAUCAUCAUCCUCUGCUUCGCCAUCGUGGUGGAGAACCUGCUGGUGCUCAUCGCGGUUGCUCGCAACAGCAAGUUCCACUCAGCCAUGUACCUGUUCCUGGGCAACCUGGCCGCCUCGGACCUGCUGGCAGGAGUGGCCUUCGUUGCCAAUACCUUGCUGUCGGGCCCGGUCACGCUGGGGCUGACCCCGGUGCAGUGGUUUGCCCGAGAGGGCUCCGCCUUCAUCACACUCUCUGCUUCUGUCUUCAGCCUCCUGGCCAUUGCCAUUGAGCGGCAUGUGGCCAUUGCCAAGGUCAAGCUCUACGGCAGUGACAAGAGCUGCCGCAUGCUGCUGUUGAUCGCGGCCUCGUGGCUCAUCUCGCUGGCUCUCGGCGGCCUGCCCAUCCUUGGGUGGAACUGCCUGGGCCAUCUCGAAGCCUGCUCCACUGUUCUGCCGCUCUACACCAAGCACUACGUGCUCUGUGUGGUCACCAUCUUCUCAGUCAUCUUACUGGCCAUCGUCGCUCUGUAUGUCCGCAUCUAUUGCGUGGUCCGCUCCAGCCAUGCCGACGUGGCCGGCCCCCAGACGCUGGCCCUGCUCAAGACGGUCACCAUCGUGCUGGGUGUCUUCAUUGUCUGCUGGCUGCCGGCCUUUAGCAUCCUGCUCCUGGACUACGCCUGCCCCGUCCGGUCCUGCCCUGUCCUCUACAAGGCCCACUACUUCUUUGCCUUCGCCACUCUGAACUCACUGCUCAACCCCGUCAUCUACACGUGGCGCAGCCGGGACCUGCGGCGAGAGGUGCUGCGGCCGCUGCGAUGCUGCCGGCGGGCAGCGGGGGUUCAAGGACGGCGGGGUGGGACCCCGGGCCAUCGACUCCUGCCUCUCCGCAGCUCCAGCUCCCUGGAGAGGGGCACACACAUGCCUACGUCGCCCACGUUUCUGGAGGGCAACACGGUGGUCUGAGGGGCAAGUAGGCCACCAGGCCACGGCACAGGGCUCUGUGAGCUGUCUCCCUGGACAGAGAGGGGGCUGCGAAGCAAGAUGCCCGUACACCACAGACCUGGGUGACAUUGAAAAUAUUUCACCCUGGGCUCGGCCCGCUGAGACCCCCCACCCGGCAGAUGGCAGAGCUCCAACGGGGUCAGAGGCUAGUGCAGUAACUAAUGUGACCGCCUUCAGAACUGGAUCGUGGGGAGGCCCCAGGGGACCUGGAAGGGGCCUGGGUGACACAGCCGGCAAGCACUCAGGUGACACGGCAGGCAAGCACUCCAGGUGGGGAGCUCAGGGCAGGAACAAUUCACAACCCGAUACAAGGGAUUUCAACAUUUCACGACUCUCUGACCCUCUGCCCUGCAUGGAACUUCCCUCUCUGAAUCCAGCCCCGCUGUCACCUUUUCCUGACAACCUUAAGUCACUUCCCCACAACCACUGUUCCCAAAGGGCUGGAGGCCUCCUCCCUGACUGUCCUGGGUGGCCCCAGCUGACAAUUGCAAGGCCCCAGUCCACAGCUUCCCCAAAUUUCACCAGCUGCCCACUUUGGCGGCUUCUUCCCUUUCCUCUGUCUCUCCACGAGAUGCUGGCAAACCACAGGGUUGGGGGUAGAUGCUGGAUGCUAUUCUCAGACCUCACUGGCCAAUUGCACUAUUUGGGGGUAUAAAGGAGUCACCAAGGGCUGGAAAAACUGGUCUGGGGGGGUGCUGAGGAGGGCUCUGGGCCUCCUGGUGGGAAAGGGUGGAACUUGAGAAGGUUCUAGGGGAGCUGUUGGCAGAGGACCCCCAUUCCUAAAAACCACCCCCCUGCCCAAGGUACUCCCACCUCCAGCGCAGCCAGGGUAAGCAGAUCUCCUGAGGCAGGGCAGCCUUGAGUCUGCUGUGCCUCCUUUCAAGUUGCAUUGUAUGGAGAAACAUGGGGGUCGGGGGGCCAAGGACGACGUUUGUGGGGUGCUCCCUUCUCGCCUGCCCCAGAAGGACUUCGCUAAAUUCCAUGGUUAUAUGGAAGGGAUGUUGCGGUACAAAUAUAUAUUUAUGUGUGUCUAUGUGUGCAUGUGUGUGAUGCGUGUGACCUCCUCUCCCCAUCAUGCUCCCCCAGAACGGAUGCUGUUGUUGUCUCACGUCUGUGUUGAAGCUGCCAAAGAGGGGUUGGCCCCCGCACAGACCCCUUUGUAAUUGCUGGCUCAUCUCCCCGCUUGAGAGCUGGGGUACAGCUCGCCUCGGGGAAGGAAACCUCAUGCCUCAAAGCAAUUUCUUGUGAAUGCAAAGGCUGGGGAAGAGGGUGUUGGGGGGCAAGGAGCCAGUCGGGGGCCUGUCUUCCCCCAUACAGCUCCCCAGAUUCCCCUCGUGCCUGAGACCCGGACCCAGGCCAAUAAACGGUUCAAUUCCUCA